GGGUUGGUUAGGCCGUAUUCUAUUAUUCAUGAUCAAGUAUAUUUUUCUAUGAGCAGGUUGCACAAACAAUGUCAAGAUCGGAAGUGGGUUUUGACAAACCAAGAUGUCGUCGAUGGACAGAAAAGUUCUUUAAAGCCUGUUGCAUGGCGAUCGCAGUCAUUUUAGGUUUCAUGACUGCAAACCUGAUUGAAAACCACAAAUCACAAAUUGGGAGAAUAAAAGUUGUACCUUUACCAGAAUCUGUUGAAAUCAGAGGUAGAUUAAAGAAUGCAAGCAUGAAACCACAAAGACCUGUGAUAGGAAUUCUUUCUCAAAUUAUUUUGCAUGAUUAUGCAACAGAAACCCCAAAAUCUCUGCAUGGGUUGGGUGCAAGGUAUGGAAACUCCUACAUCCCCGCAUCUUACGCCAGAUUUAUACAGGCAGCAGGCGCUACAGUUGUACCAAUUCCAAAUGACCUCCCAGAAGAUGAUCUAAGGAAUAUUUUUGAUUCUAUAAAUGGAAUCGUCUUUCCUGGGGGAGCCAGAACAAUUCCUCAAAGUAUGUACUACACGACUGCUGGUAAAUUGAUAAAAUGGGCGAUGGAAGCAAACGAUAGUGGGGAUUAUUUCCCAGUUUGGGGAAUCUGUCUUGGGUUUCAGUUCAUGACCAAUUUUUUCUUAAAUUCGAACCGGACGGUAGACCAGCACGAGGAUCUCCGUGGACAUUGCAGAGCUUAUGAUCUGUCACUGCCAUUUCGUCCAACCCAGAGCUCCGAGAGUAGCAGAAUGUUGGCAAAGAUAAGCAGACCGCUUUAUGAAGAUAUACAAAAGGAACCAUCCGUUUACUACUUCCAUACUAAAUGUUUCACGAUUGAUCAACUUCAACGCAGUGGGGUUCUACAGAAGAUUAAUGUUGUGGGAAAAAGUUUCGACCUUGAUGGUAAAGAGUAUGCAUCGAUGACCGAACACAAAAAAUAUCCAUUCUAUGGCACACAAUUCCACCCGGAGAAACUCAUGUUUGAGUGGAAUCCGAUCAUAAAUAUUUUCAGACCUCAAAGUGGAAUUGUAUUUUCUCAGACUCUCCUUAACUUUUUUAUGAGUGAAGUAGCUAAGAACAGACAUUCUUUCAAAAAUCCUACUGUAGUAAAUAAAAUUGACAUAGAAAAUUAUCCUUGCAUCCACACUAUGCUCUUGCACAAAACUCAUUUACAAGCAUACUAUUUUCUUAAUGACAAUUCGUUUGGUAAACCUGUUAUUGAUUACAGAUUGGAUCAGCAAAAGUUUGAUUUUAUGGUGCAAUUAGCAUUAGGAAAUGCAUCACUGACACAGAUCUUAGGGAUAAAUACAUAAAAUAUAUGGCAGAGAUAUAGGUUGGCACAGCUCAGUAAGAAUCAAAGUCUUUAAAAUAUUUAUUUUAUAUAAUAGUGACUAGUAUAGUGAUUAUUGACUACGAGGCCUUAGUUCUGAAACCAAUUUAUCGGCAAUUUAGCACCCUGUUAAUUAUUACGUUGAAUUGAACCUUGACAAUAUAAUUAUUCUGGUUAAGGGCUUUUGUUAUUUUCUUUGAUUCAAAUUAAAAUCUUUUUGCUUCCUCUCUAUACCGGGCCUCUCCGUGCCCCAAAACUUUUACUUUUAGUUAAUUAGCUCGUUUUGUGCAAGAAAUGUGAUUUAUGUCAUACCUCACAUUUAUAAUACUGGUCAAAAUCGGCAUAUUUGCCGCGACUAAACGUGGCUUUUUUCUAAAUUAAUAAUAAAAACGUUUUUGCUAUCCUGCUAGACCUUUCAGUUUCAGCAGCUUUCGACACAAUAGAUCAUAAAAUACUUAUCAGAAAACUCUUAGCUGACUUAGGAAUCACAGGUAAAGCUAACAGCUGGUUUGUCGUUUGAGGAUUAUCUUCAUGCAAGAAUAACAAGAUCUUUCAAUACAAUGUCAAAGUUGGUCAGGAGCUAUCUGAUGUAAUAUGUCUUCUUUUAAAUAUGGGAUCCGUAUUCAGCUAUAUGCAGAUGACUCGCAGCUCUACAUUUCUUUUGAACCCCUAAUACCUGGAGAACUAAGUGGAAUGAAAAUCAAAAUCAAUGCCUGCCUUGACGAAAUAAGGGCCUGGAUGCUUGAAAAUUAUAUGAAACUUAAUGAGUCAAAAACAGAGCUAUUAGUCAUUGGGAAGCCUUUGGUUCUGAGAGAAUUUGGACAGUAUCAAAUUUCUGUUAAUUUUGGGAGUACGGAAGUGAUGCCAACAGAAUGUGUCGGUGACAAUUGAAAAAGUUUAGGAGUCAAACUAGAUCCUCAUCCAGCUCUUACCAUGGAAAGACAGCUAAACAGUGUUAAACAGAAGUCAAUGUGGGCACUAAAUAAUCUGAAGAGAAUAUGACGUUAUAUCUUGAUGAAAGUUUAAAAGUUAUGCUAGUGAAGCAACUGGUCAUAUCAAAGCUUGACUACUGUAAUGCACUGUAUGUUUGCCUACCGAUGAAGUCACUGAAAAAGCUCAAAUCUGUACUGAAUGCUGGAAUACGAUUCAUCUAUAACAUCGAUGACCGUGAUGUAGAUCUUCUUGAAUACUAGAAAAAAGCACACAUUCUCCCCAUUGAAGAACGAAUAAGUUUCAAGAUUUGUCUUCUGGCGUAUAAGGUUAUGUAGAGCCAAGCACCACCAUAAGCGCUUAUAAUUGCUUAUAAAUCAAAAUGCUAGCUACGAAUCGCUUAUCUGGCCAACCGCUUUUCCACCGCUUAUAAUCACCAAUCCUACUUGAAAAUCUCUCGCUGAGAGCGAUUAUGAUAAGCUUAUAAGCGCUUUCUAGGCGCUUUUAUGAAAUUAUAAUCGCUUUCCCGUAUAAAAUUAAAAAGCGAUUAUAUUUAUAAAUGUUUAUAAGCGAUUAUUUUCGAACCGCCUAUAAUCGCGAUCGCCAAAAAACGAGUAUAAUGUAUCAGCGGUGUUUUUUAAAGAGAUUUAAUAGAAGGCUUUAAUAAAGCGCUUCAUAACAAAUAAGCGAAUUAUCAGCGCUGAUCAGAAAAUUUCAUUUUAUGGAAACUUGCAGUUAUAUUUACAAAAUUAAAUAUAAU